AGUUCAGCUCUCCCACCCUCCCUAUCUCUCUCUCUCUGUCACUCGUUGCAUUGACAACAGGUAUUUGAUUCACUUCGGGCUCUGCGCAGCAACAUCUGGGACAAAUCGUGUGGAAUCGUACUGCGACCCCACCCCCCCCAACCCACCCCGUGCUUGUGGGAGGGAAAGAUCCAACAGUAGACCCUGCACUUUUUCUGUUUUAGGGGACUGGCACCUGUCCCUGUACAAUGCCCAGCCUGAUGCCCUCGUUGCUGCUCCCCGGGUUGUUGCUGGCCUCUUUCGUUCAUGGAUACCCGCCCGAGUCUGAGAGGGAAUCUAUCAACUUCUUGCUGACUCUCAUGCUUCACUCAGUGAACGCCAGCCAGGGGCCCCCAAACCCCAGUGUGGGCAUUGCCUUACGACUGGCAAGAGACCACCACCUGCCCACAGAAGAACUGCUCCUGGAGCAGCUGAAGAUGGCUGCAGUCAAGAAACUGAAGCACGGUGAUGAUUUAUCCUCGGGUUUGGUUGCUCUUUACACCUUGGCCAUUGCUGCAUCUUGCAACGAUCCCACGGACAUCUCCUACGAAGGGGACAAGGUUAACCUGUUGGAGACACUGCAGGAGAAAUUAACCAAGGAAAUCGAACACAUCAGAAGCACUACAUUCCCUCUCACUAACUAUUACCAAGUUAGCCUGGACGUGCUCACUCUCUGCGUGAUGAACAGAAAUGUUUCGCAAUGUUCGGUCCAGGCCCUCACUGAUGCAGUAUUGAACGACAAAUUCACACACGCCUCUGAAUUCUCAGUUGAUACGGGAGCUGUAGCUGCACUGGGUUUCAGGUGUUUGAAAGACAAGCUGAACGGAAUGGGCACCGAAAAAGCACUGCACAAGGUCCUCGAUCAGAUACUGAACCGAACAACGGAUGAUGGUCUCAUCGGCAACCUGUACAGUACAGGCCUGGCAAUGCAGGCCCUCUCCGCCAACUCAGAGCUGGUCCCUCCUGGCCGCUGGAACAAGACCAAGUCCCUGUACAGGAUCCUCGAAGGGAUUCGCGAAGGCUCCUUUUCCAAUCCUCAGGCCGCGUCGCAAGUUGUCCCGUCGCUGGAGGGCCGGACCUACCUGGAUGUGAUUAAGCUAAACUGCACGGCCGACGGCAAUAACCUGACAUUCCCAGUGGUGAGUACAACAUCACCUCCCACCAUCCAGGCUGUCCCCAUCAGGGUGGAAUACAACAUUGUGGAUGGGCUUAGCCAUACCUUCAACGAUUCCGUGACUGUUUCUGUGCCGGGAGGAAGUGUCCUGAUCCGGGUUCUGGAGAAGGCCCGGGAUCUGUAUCCCAAUCGAUUCAGCUAUACUGUCACACAGACACUGUGGGGACCAUCUCUGACCACCGUUCGGACCCUAACAGCUUCCAGUCAAAACAGAACCUACUGGCAGCUCCUGAGUGGAUCACAGCCACUGGAUCAAGGUAUCGGCGAUUACAAGCCCAAAGACGGUGAGCGUAUCUUUGCAAAUUACAGCCGCUACUGAUCAGGAUCUGGGUGGCAGUUUGAGAUGGGAAAUUGACAACGAUGGAGCAAUCCGAAGGAAUCUGCCCCUUUUCUGCCACGACGUCCUCCCGCAGUAUCCCAGGUUAUCUCCGAGCUAUUUGGAGAUCACAGCUGGCCACCUUUCUCCUCGCACAGAGCUCGUUCUGGCAUGAACUUCACCGUCUCUCAAAAAAAACGAAAAACACCGUCUUUCUAGACUCUCCGAUGAUUAACUCCGAACGCACACGGUGCUUCGCUCUGGCCUCCGUGGCCCCUCGUGUCUAUCCUCGCGAUUCUUCACCUCAUCCAAACCCCUGUUACCCUCUUUCAGAAUGUGCACCACUCCCCAUUCACCCCUCCACGCCCUCCCUACCUCUGUAACCUCCUCCAGCCCCUACACCCCCUCCUUAUCUCUGUAACCCCCUCCAGCCCCUACACCCCCUCCUUAUCUCUGUAACCCCCUCCAGCCCCUGCACCCCUCCCCAUCUCUGUAACCCCUUGCAACCUCUACACCCCCUCCCUAUCUCUGUAACCCCCACCAGACCAUACACCCUUCCCUAUCUCUGUAACCCCCUCCAGCCCCUACAGCCCCUCCUUAUCUCUGUAACCCCCUCCAGCCCCUGCACCCCUCCCCAUCUCUGUAACCCCUUGCAACCUCUACACCCCCUCCCUAUCUCUGUCACCUCCUCCAGGCCCUACACCCCCUCCCUAUCUCUGUAACCCCCUCCAGCCCCUACACCCCCUCCCUAUCUCUGUAACCCCCUCCAGCCCCUACACCCCCUCCCUAUCUCUGUAACCCCCACCAGACCAUACACCCUUCCCUAUCUCUGUAACCCCCUCCAGCCCCUACACCCCCUCCCUAUCUCUGUAACCUCCUCCAACCCCUACACCCCCUCCCUAUUUCUGUAACCCCCUCCAACCCCUGCACCCUUCCCUAUCUCUGUAACCCCCUCCAGCCCCUACACCCCCUCCCUAUCUCUGUAACCCCCUCCAGCCCCUACACCCCCUCCCUAUCUCUGUAACCCCCACCAGAGCAUACACCCUUCCCUAUCUCUGUAACCCCCUCCAGCCCCUACACCCCCUGCCUAUCUCUGUAAACCCCACCAGCCCCUGCACCCCUCCCGAUCUCUGUGCUCUCCUACAAACCCAGCCUUUCAAGCACCUCGCAAUUCUCAUCACAUCCUCAAUGGGAGCCAAGCCCUUAUUUACCUGAAGCCCUGAGCUCAGUAAGUCCCUCAUCAAACAUCUCUGACCCUCCCCACUUCUGUCUGUCUCUCCUCCUUUUAGCUGUUACAUAAAACUGACUCAAGAAACGGUCCAGCCAUGACAUUCUGUCGAUCAUGUGGACUGUCUGAAUGUUCUGUAUAAUUUGGGAUACCUCCUCAGUUAUUUAGCUACUUUUGCAAUUGUAUUAUCACUGCUGCUUUCGCUGGCGAAUAAUUGUAUUUUUACAAAGUUUUCACAUUCCCUCCAGAUAUCCACAUUCAGAUAAAGAAAAUAUUGUGCUAUUCCUGGAUGCUGGCCACUUUGUUCAUCUUCUCAACAUAAUAAAGCCCCCCUGCUGCAAA